AUGGUGUCUCAUCUCAAAGGUGUUUCCAAAUCAACGAUGACAGAUCAGAUUCGUAGAGAAUUAUGUGAGUACAAGAGAGAUUAUAUGGCAUGUACGCAACGAGAGUUACAGUCGUGGAUUGAAGAGAAAUUUCAUUUAAAAAUUAGCCAAGGUACAAUUUCAAACACACUCAAACGUUCAGCUGAGUAUCUUUCAACUAACACAGAAAAAGGCAAAGCUACUAAGCGACACAAACCAGCAAAAUUUCCAGAUAUGGAGAAGGUUGUUUUUGAGUGGUUUCUCCAACAUCAAAAUCAAGUGAAUAUGACUGGAGAACUAAUACUGGAGAAGGCAAAAGUUACGAUGAAACUUCUAAAUCCUCAACAAGAUUCAGAGCAUCAAUUAUCUCAAGGCUGGCUUGAAAAGUUUAAGUUACGACAUGGUAUCAAAUCUUUUCGUCGUUUUGGAGAGAGUGGAUCAGUUGAUAUACAUGACAUGGAGAAUAAGCUGGAGGCUAUAAGGGAGAAAGUAGAUAAGUUUCCACUAAAAGAUGUUUUUAAUAUGGAUGAAACUGGUUUGUUUUAUAGGUUACAAGCUGAUCAUUCUCUUGCUACCAAACAACUUGAAGGAAGAAAGCAAGACAAAGAAAGAUUGACAGUUGUUAUUUGCUGUAAUUCGGAUGGUUCUGAAAAAGUUCCAUUGUGGAUCAUUGGAAAAUAUGCAAAGCCACGUUGUUUUAAGAAUGUCAACAUGAGCAGCUUGAAUUGUGAAUACCGUUUCAACAAAAGAGCUUGGAUGACAAGUGUGAUUUUUGAAGAAUACAUCCGUUGGUUUGAUAAAAAGAUGCACGGUAGAAGGGUUUUGUUUGUGGUAGAUAAUUGUCCAGCGCAUCCAAAAAACAUUGAAGGGCUACAAAAUGUUGAGUUGUUCUUUCUACCACCUAACAUGACAUCAAAAAUUCAACCUUGUGAUGCUGGAAUAAUAAGAGCUUUCAAGAUGCACUACCGGAGGAGAUUUUACCGUGAGAUUUUAGAAGGUUACGAGUUGGAACAACCUUAUCCAAGUAAGAUUAAUGUUUUAGAUGCUAUUAAUUUUGCAGUCGCAGCUUGGACAAUUAAUGUUCAACAAGAGACAAUAGCAAAUUGUUUUCGACAUUGCAAGAUUCGCUCGGAGGAUAUCGAAUCAAGGAAUUUGGAUGGAUCCACUUGUGAAGUUGACGUUCAUGAACUUGAUGCUGUGAUUAAUAAUCUUGGCUAUCGCAACAGAAUUGAUGCCAAUAGUUUAUUAGAUUAUCCAGGUGAAAAUGUUGCAUGUUCAGAAGUUCAAAGUUUAGAAGAAAUUGUUGCUACUAUCCUUACAAGUGAUGAUGAAGUCGAAGAUGAUACUACCAUACCAUUAGAACCAGUUACACGUAAGGAAGCAAUUAUAGCGUCUAGAGUUCUUCACAAUUUUUGGAUGCGAUUCGAGAAAACAACACCAGAAGUUUUUGAUGCAAUGAGAAAGAUUAGAGAUGAGCUCCAACAAGAAUGCAAAUUUAAGAAUAGGCAAACAACAUUAGAGUCAUAUUUCUCUAAGUUUUCUUAG